UGAUAAUGCACAUUGAUCACCAAAGAGCUGAGCGCUGAAGCCUGAAGAGCAUGGCGUCCUCCCUUCUCGUACGUAAUGCUCAGGGUGCUUUUUGUAGAGCAUCCUGUUCCUUUUCUUCUUUGAAAAAUCCUGACGAAAGAGUCUCCAGUGAUAGUUGUCAGUGGUUAAGCUGGGUUGGCGAAGCAAAUGCCGUCCGCAGGGGGCAGGGGGCAAAGGGUCAGAGGAGAUGUCCAAGAAGUUUUGCAGUGGGGCAAUUGCAUCGUGGUGGAGUUGUAAGCAUGCAGAGUGCACAAGCGGAAACGUCAGAAACAGUCGAAGAACCACAGCGUGCCUUCGAUGUCUCCAGCAAUUGUGUCACUCCGUCGUUUCGGUCUGCGCCUUGGCAGGGCACCAACAAUGAGAGGGAGACGGACAGCGCUAAGGCGAAUAUUCUGUUCCUCAGCGAGGGCAAUGUUUGCCGGUCCAUCUAUGCAGAGGCCAUGUUCAAUGGGAUGCUAGCAGAACGUGGUCUAGAUAACGUAGUCGCUUGUGCUUCGAAGGCAACGAAAGAUUACAACGUGGGGGAGCCACCGGACCCUCGGGCCGUGCAGGUUGCAGAGGAACUGGGGAUCAGAUUAAGGGAGGGGGCGACCGCACGCCUAAUAGAUCAUGCGAAGGACAUCGUCCAAUACGACCUGAUCCUGUGCUUCGACAAGUUCAACGCCGCUGACGUUCUCAAGGAGAUCUCCGUCUACGACACCAUCGACUCCACGGGCCGUUACUCCGUACGCGUAAGGCGCCUGGGGGAGUUUGCCAGAAGUCGAGCAAUCGAGGAGGUGGACGAUCCUCUUUACGGAAACAUGGGUGGAGCUGACGAGUUCGAAAACCUCCGGCAGUGCGCGCGGGACGUUUGGGACUGUUGCGAGGGGCUUGCCGACAAGCUGCAGGAGAUGUACCAGGAGUUGCCAGAAGGUGAAAGUCUGCAAGGAGCCAUCGCUCAGUCGCUUGCAGGAAUGGAGACGUUUGACUGGUUGGUGCCACCUAUGCUCCAAAAGCGAGAGAAAGCGUCUUCUAUUUGAUGCAAGAGCUUUCAACUAUUAGGACCAACGGUCCUUCACGUUGCAGCCAGUUCGAAGCUUUGAGCGAUAAGCGGAAGUCUUUGAUAACUUGAUAUGGAACAACUGAAGAAUAAGACACGAGUUGCCAGCCGUCAAGCGGAGUAUCCUCUGGCUCUUAACCACCGCUAGCCGGGAGACUCCGGAUUAUCCUCCUCUUAAAUCUGAGCAGGUAUUACUGUCGAGACAAGCAUGUCGUAGUUUUAUGGCUUAACUGACCUUUUUGGCAACGAGCGACGGAAAUGUCAGACCUGACCAUCUUGGCGUGCAAUUCCGUGUGUAGUAUUGGUAAUAGCGCACCAUGCCAUGUAGAGCUAGUCUGCAAGGCACAUCACUUUGGGGGGGG